ACAACAGCAUCUAGCACACAGUUACAGGAGAGAAAAGAUCAGACCGACACGGCUGGGUAACCAACUCGCUGAUAAUGUGGGCCAAUUGCCUAGCCUGGGUGGCAGCAAUGGUUUGGCUUGUGACAGCUGUCACCAACACACAGUCCUCCUCCAGGGGUCAAUACAUGGCUUCAGUCUUUUCAGAACUGAACCCAAGUGAGAUGAAGUCUGUUCAGAGUUUCCUCAUGGAGCAGGAACAUCUCAAACUGGUCUCUGUAGAGGACAACUUUGGAAAAAACUCAAUCUUCAUGAUAGAACUCAACAUGCCAAGUAAACGUAAAGUACUCAGUUUCCUGGACAAUGGUGGCCCCAAGCCACUAAGAGAGGCUAGAGUUGUGAUUUUCUUCGGAGACCAGCCCCAUCCAAAUGUCACAGAAUAUAUUGUAGGUCCCCUUCCUCAUCCAUAUUAUUACAAGCCAAACAAAGUGAGAGGAAAUAAGACCAUCAGAUUUGAAGCAAGGCCAGUUAGUUAUAAAGAAAAUAUAAAUAUUCUGGAAAAGUUAUCAGAGGUCACAAGGAAGUUUGAACACAUUCUGCUUGAGUCAACUGGCUAUUCCUUCAACAACUGCUCAGAUCGCUGCCUUACCUAUUCCGACAAUUCUCCGCGAGGGGUGAAGUCCGGUGAACGUAAGUCAUGGUUAAUUCUACAGAAAUCUGUCGAUGGCUUCUUUCUCCAUCCAGUUGGCGUUGAAAUCCUUCUCGACCAUCAUUCCACCAAUCCUGAGGAGUGGAGCGUGGAAAAGAUAUGGUACAAUGACCAAUACUUUCACAGUGUAGAGGAACUGGUUGAGAAAUACGAUAAAAAUGAACUAACAAAGCUCAAUUUACAAAGUGAUAAAGAUAGUAAAAUCUAUUCCACUUUCAUACCACGAGGAGAAUACAAGACCAAGUCAAAUAUUAAUGGGCCAAGAAUGUGUGAGCCUCAGGGUAAACGAUACAAGGUUCUUGGAAACUACGUGGAGUACACUGGCUGGAGCUUUGCGUUUCGUCCACGAACAUCUUCUGGAUUGCAGUUCUUUGAUAUACAAUAUAACAAUGAAAGGAUAGUGUACGAGUUGAGCCUUCAAGAAGCCAUUUCUUUUUACAGUGGAUCCACCCCAGGAGUUAUGCAGACCAAAUACAUUGACUCUGGAUGGGGUAUGGGUUCUACUAACUAUGAACUGGCCAAAGGGAUUGACUGUCCUGAAAUUGCUACUUAUCUGGAUGUGUAUCACUUCUAUGACAAUGACAAACCAAUUCGAACAAAAAAUGCAAUUUGUAUCUUCGAGCUUCCCACCGGGAUUCCUCUACGCCGACACUUUGACAGUAACUUCAAUAGUGCUUUCAAAUCCUAUGCUGGGCUGGAGAACCAUGUCCUUGUAGUUAGGACCAUGUCUACUGUCUAUAACUACGAUUACAUCUGGGAUUUCAUUUUCUACCAGAAUGGGGUGGUUGAGGUUAAAGUCAGUGCCACGGGAUACAUUUUUGCUAACUUCUUCACACAAGAUGGACUCAGUUAUGGAAACAGAGUUCAAGAACAUGUUCUUGGAAACCUGCACACCCACUUGAUACACUAUAAGGUAGACCUGGACAUUGCAGGUCUAGAAAACACAUUUGAAACAAUGACUUUGAGAUAUGAAAAUAUAUCCAACCCAUGGAGUCCAGGUGACUACAUUGUCCAGUCGAAGUUGGUCCGUACUCAGAGAAACACAGAGAAGCAAGCUGCCUUCAGAUUUGGGUUGCCAUUACCAAGACACCUACACUUCCAAAAUCCGAACAAGAAGAACAAAUGGGGACACCCAAGGAGUUACCGAAUCCAGUACAACUCCCACGCAGACAGCGUACUACCCCGAAACUGGAAAGAGGAAAAGGGCGUGUCCUGGUCAAGAUACAGUUUGGCGGUCACACGUUACAGCGACAUGGAGAUGAGAAGCAGUGAUAUUUUCCUUCAAUGUGAGCCGUGGGACCCCUAUGUGUACUUUGAAAGCUUUGUGAGGAAUAAUGAAGAUAUCGUUAACAAGGAUCUGGUCGCUUGGGUAACGGUGGGAUUCCUGCAUAUUCCCCACGCUGAGGACAUUCCCAACACUGCCACACCAGGGAAUUCUGUAGGUUUCUUACUCCGUCCAUACAACUUCUUUGACGAAGAUCCAUCGGUGGCUUCCAGGAACACGAUCAUCGUUAAACCUGCAAAGGAAGACUUUAGUGAAGUGAAGAUUCAGCGGUGGACUCCUGAAAUCCUUGGCAAUUGUGUUUCUCAAACACCGUUCCAUUAUAAUGGUACAUACUUUUCCGACUGAGGGGUGAAUGCCGAGGUUUG